UCAAGAUUAUAUAAUCUCCACAUCAACUCUAAAUAGAACGAUGUAAAACACAAGUCACAUACCGCACAAUAGGAUCAUAAUAUCCUCCAGAACUAAAUACUGUAGGCAUACAUGCGUCAUUAACUGGCCGUAGGACGAGUGAGAAGUUGUUCUUUUGUGGUGAAGUUGUGUUAAGAGAAAAGAUGGAACACUAACAAUUUUGGAAGAAUAUAAAAUACUAAACCUAUUGAAACCAAAAAAAUUAAUUCAAUAAAAUCUAACUUGUAGAAAUAUCAGAUCACUUAACCGUGCCUAUUGCCCCAACCAUAACUAGUGCUCCAACUAUUUUAAUACACUAGUAUUUCCACCUAUAAUUUAUUUUCAUGUACUAUUUAUCUUUAAUUUUCCCACUGCUACACACACUUCUGGAGCAAAAGUGGGUGGGAGAAUUGUCUAUAUAUACAGUUCUAUGUAGAAGCAUUCACAAUUCAUCAUCACUAGACACUAAUAUAAACUUUCAUCAUCUCCUAGAAACUAUACUUAAAUUUCUCUGUUUAAUUUACUCUAUUUCUAUGGCUCCAAGCUUGAACAAGAAUGCCUCACAAGUAAUAGCCAGGCUAAUAAAUGAUAACACAAAGCCUUUAUCCAUUAACCUUGAAGGCUCUGAGUUUUUAGCCAAUGGCCAGCCUAUACUUACUGAUGUUCCUGCCAACAUAAUUGCCACUCCAUCACAAUUCAUAUACAAAGAUUUUACCUUCGGCUGCUUCGUUGGAUUUGACUCCGACGAGGUAAGAAGUCGCCAUGUGGUGCCUAUUGGCAAGCUCAGGGACAUAAGGUUCAUGAGCAUAUUCAGAUUUAAAGUCUGGUGGACUACUCAUUGGGUUGGCAAAAAUGGUAGAGAUAUCCAACAUGAGACACAAAUGUUAAUCAUGGACAAAUCCGAAGAUGGUUGUCGUCCUUAUGUUUUGCUACUUCCGAUUCUAGAAGGUUCCUUCAGAGCCUCAUUCCAGCCGGGACAUGACGACAACUUGGAUGUUUGUGUGGAGAGUGGAUCAACUAAGGUUCGCGAAUCCAGGUUUCGGACUUGCAUUUAUAUGCACGUAGGGGAGGACCCCUACGAGCUGGUGAAAAAUGCUAUGAAGGUUGGAAGAGUACAUUUAGGAACUUUCAAGUUGCUAGAAGAGAAGUCACUUCCAGGUAUAGUAGAUAAGUUUGGUUGGUGUACUUGGGAUGCUUUUUACCUUGAGGUAAAUCCACAAGGGGUAUGGGAAGGUGUUAAGGGUCUAGUAGAGGGUGGGUGCCCUCCAGGAUUAGUUUUAAUUGAUGAUGGGUGGCAAUCGAUUUGCCACGAUGAUGAUGAUCCAAUAACUGAUCAAGAAGGAAUGAAUAGGACUGCUGCUGGUGAACAAAUGCCGUGUAGGUUAAUAAAAUUUGAAGAGAAUUAUAAGUUUUGGGACUAUGAAAGUCCCAGGGGAAAGGGUAAGGGAAUGGGGGCAUUUGUUAAGGAUCUAAAGGAGGAAUUUAAGAGCGUUGAGCAUGUGUACGUGUGGCACGCGUUGUGUGGGUACUGGGGUGGGAUUAGGCCUAAUGUAACUAACAUGCCAGAGUGUAGAGUCAUUAGUCCUAAGCUGUCACAGGGUUUGCAGAUGACUAUGGAGGACUUGGCUGUGGACAAGAUUGUGAACAAUGGAGUUGGAUUGGUUCCACCAGAGAAGGUUCACGAAAUGUAUGAAGGGCUGCACUCGCAUCUGGAAUCUGCUGGGAUUGACGGAGUCAAGGUGGAUGUAAUUCAUUCGCUGGAGAUGUUAUCGGAGGAUUAUGGAGGACGAGUGGAGCUUGCUAAAGCGUAUUAUAAAGCCCUAACUGAUUCAAUAAGGAAACAUUUUAAAGGGAACGGUGUGAUUGCUAGCAUGGAACAUUGCAAUGACUUUAUGUACCUCGGGACAGAGACUAUUGCUCUUGGACGCGUAGGAGAUGAUUUUUGGUGCACUGAUCCAUCUGGUGAUCCCAAUGGGACAUUUUGGCUGCAAGGAUGUCACAUGGUACAUUGUGCUUACAAUAGUCUGUGGAUGGGAAAUUUUAUCCAACCUGAUUGGGACAUGUUUCAAUCUACUCACCCUUGUGCUGAGUUUCAUGCCGCCUCUCGAGCCAUCUCAGGAGGACCUGUAUACAUCAGCGACUCAGUCGGCAAACACAACUUCCAAUUGCUGAAGACAUUGGCCUUGCCUGAUGGUUCCAUUCUCCGUUGCCAACAUUACGCACUACCAACUAGAGAUUGCCUGUUUGAAGACCCAUUACAUGAUGGGAAGACCAUGCUUAAACUUUGGAACCUUAAUAAAUUUGGAGGAGUUCUUGGAGCAUUUAAUUGUCAAGGAGGAGGAUGGUGCCCUGUUACAAAGAAAAAUAUAAGCGCAAGCGAGUAUUCAGUGGCAGUGACAUGUUUGGCUAGUCCCAAUGACGUUGAAUGGAGCAACGGAACAAAUCCAUUUCCUGUGAAAGGAGUGGGCAUUUUCGCGGUGUACAUGUAUCGCCAGAAGAAGCUAAAGCUCUUAAAAUUGUCCGAUAAUGUGGAGAUUACUCUUCAGCCUUUCGACUAUGAGCUUCUAACGAUAUGCCCUGUAACAACAUUGUCGGAAAAAUCAGUGCAGUUUGCGCCAAUUGGAUUGGUGAACAUGCUCAAUUCUGGUGGUGCAAUUGACUCUCUUGUGUACAACGACAACGAUGAUAACCCAGGAAGUUCGGUAAGAAUUGGAGUGAAAGGGAGUGGUGUGAUGAGGGCGUUUGCAUCUGAGAAGCCGUCAUCGUGUAUGAUCAACGGAGUCUCUGUGAAUUUUAGUUAUGGAGACCGUAUGGUCACGGUUCAAGUUCCAUGGCCUAAUUCUUCAAGAUCGUCUGAAAUUAUGUAUGUGUUCUGAAGUAUAAUUCUUGCCCCUACUUGUAAGAAUACUGAAAAUUUUGAAGAUCUUCACAUUAAGUGUAGAUUACUAGUAGUACGUUACUUUGUUUUGAUUAAAGAUGUCAGUUAUGAUUAUGUAUAGAUAUUCGACAAUACUAGGUUGUAUGAAGUAUGAUUUAUGCUAA